AUGAACCUCAAAGAACUGUUGGCUCCAUGGUUUGAAGAUACUAUCUAUCAGUGGAUGAGCCAGGUCAGCGAGAAGUAUGCAGAAGUGCUGACACAGCAUUUCCUGAGAAUGACCUAUGAGUCCUGGCCCACGCACUACCUGAAGGAGAGUGCAGAGGCCGACAAUUCCAAGAAGACUAUUUGGAUAGACUGUGGAAUUCAUGCAGCAGAGAUUGCCCCUGCUUUCUGCCAGUGGUUUCCGAAAGAGGGAAGUAUUCUACAGAAUGAUACAGACAGUGCAAGGAUCGGCAGACUCUCUAAGGAACUAGACUUCCAUGUGCUUCCAGUCCUAAAUGCCGAUGGUUAGAUCUACACUUGGACAACAGCAUGGACACUGUCUGUGGGACAGGGCUAUUUAAGUUUGCAUAUUGGGACACCCAUAAACUGCCAAGAGGUAACAUUCUGUGGGAUAGAACCAGUGUUGGAACCAGAACUCACUCCUUCUCAAGCCUUACAGAAAGCAAGGGGGGAAAAAGACAUCCUGUGCUUCCUGAUCACGGGCUCUAAUGGGCAACUUAUUCUCACACCAUAUGGCCACACCAAAAAUAAACCACAUAACUACGAAGAACUAAUUCAAGUUGGACAGAAGGCGGCAAGAGCCCUGAAAGCAAAGCAUGGAACCAAUUAUAGAGUUGGAUCGGGUGCGGAUAUUUUAUGCACAAGGAAGAGCAAAGACCCAAUAAAAGGCGGUUUCCAUAGGAGCUGUUUACCAAGGACGGAGUGGAUGCUGUCAGGAUCCUCAAAAGACUGGGACGGAGGCAUUGGGAUCCCCCUCUUCUCAUACACAUUUGAGCUGGUGGACGAUGGUACCCAUGGGUUUGCUCUGAUCUAGCGCAUAUAUGAGGAGACCAGGGAAAACAUUUUCUUACCCCUUUGAUGAUGUGUAUGAGAAUUACUGGCCCAAAGAGGGCAAUCACUAUCUCGGCAGCAGCUAUGCUUUACUUCUUCACAUGUCUCCUUUAAGUAUGUCUUACUCUGGCCUGCUUAGCCCCA